AUGAGCAGCACGGAUGGUCCGGACCUAGCGGAGGCGCCCGAAGAACGGUGUUUCCUCAGCACCGCAGAGGCAGCGGCCCUGGAGCGGGAGCUGCUGGAGGACUAUCGCUUUGGGCGGCAGCAGCUGGUGGAGUGGUGUGGCCAUGCUAGUGCCGUGGCUGUGACCAAGGUGUUCCCUCUGCCCGCUCUCCCCCGGAAGCAGAGGACGGCGCUGGUCGUGUGCGGCCCAGAGCAGAACGGAGCGGUGGGGCUGGCGUGCGCGCGGCACCUGCGGGUGUUCGAGUACGAACCCACCAUCUUCUACCCCACGCGCUCAGCGGACCCACUGCACCGGGACCUGACUACUCAGUGUGAGAAGAUGGACAUCCCCUUCCUGUCCUAUCUGCCCGCAGAGGUCCAGCUCAUCAACAACGCAUACAGGCUGGUGGUGGACGCUGUGCUGGGCCCUGGUGUGGAGCCGGCCGAGGUCGGGGGUCCUUGCACACGCGCGCUGGCCACACUCAAGCUACUGUCCAUCCCGCUUGUGAGCUUGGACAUCCCCUCAGGCUGGGACCCAGAGACUGGCGGCGACGCCGAGGACGGGCUACGACCCGACGUGCUCGUAUCGCUGGCGGCGCCCAAGCGCUGCGCCGGCCGCUUCUCCGGGCGCCACCACUUCGUGGCGGGCAGGUUCGUGCCCGACGACGUGCGCCGAAAGUUCGCUCUGCGCCUGCCGGGGUACACGGGCACCGACUGCAUCGCGGCGCUCUGACGGGCGCCCGCGCCAAUAAACAGACGCACCACCACUGCCCCCUCGCCUGGGCCUCCUCUGUGCGCCGCGUCUGCCGCGGGGGCGGGCAGCCUGGGGCGGG